ACAAGAGUGGUAAGUGACGUUCACAUUCACCUGCGCGCGCGACUAUUCCGCAGUCGUGCACCGUAAACCGAGCCUGUCGCUUCCAUUUUCAAACGCGUAACUUUUUUUUUCGACGACAUUCGUUGCAGUGUGUGUUGCCUGUUACCCUUACGGACGACCUUAUUUUAUUUACCAGAGCACCCCAAGCAAAACAUGUCGGGACGACGUUGGACGAGCUUAAUCGUGCUACUAACAAGUAUGGCUCUCACAUACUGCGCACAAGUCGAAGACCCAUGCAAGACAAAGUCACGGGUGGUCGCCGACGACAAAUACUGCGACAAAUACUGGGAGUGCGACAACGGCCAGUCGAUCCAGUACGACUGCCCUAACGGGCUGGUGUUCGCUGGCAAACAUAGGGGCGUGACUGAAGGCUGCGACUACCCGUGGCGGUCGAACUACUGUGAAUACCCUAAAGUGCAAAUCAAUCCGCCAAUAGGCACGGAACACUGCGACUGGCUGUACGGCAUCUUCGGCCAUGAGACCUCCUGCACCAGAUACUGGACAUGUUGGAACGGAACCGCGACAGAACAACUGUGCAUCGGUGGUCUGCUAUACAACGAGAACGCGCACUCCUGCGACUGGCCCGAGAACGUAGACGGAUGCCAAAAACACCCCCUCUGCAAUGAAGACCCCAAUGGUAAUGUACCACUAGGCAAGUCCUGCAAUCGGUACUGGCAGUGCCAAGGCGGAUACCCUCGCCUGCAACGGUGUCCAGCUAUGCUGGUGUUCGACAGGCGGUCACUCCGAUGCGUGGUGCCCCCCACUGAGGACUGUGAUGUCCCGACCACGACAGCCCCACCACCGGAGGAAGAGCCUCAAGAUCAGAGACCUAUCCCACAAUCAAAACGGCCAGUGCCGAACGAGUAUCAAGACGUGCAGAGCCGCCCUCGGCCUAGGAACUAAACUUCUAAUAUCUAUAAUCUUCUAGACGUUUCCAUUUCUUCAUACUUCUUUAGUCUUGGAGCUUUUCUAAUUAGAAUGUUGUCAAAAACUCUUUCCCACCAUGCGACUCUAAUUUCUUCUAAACGGUCCUAUAACGAUAUUAGUGCAUACUUGUUGUUUAGGGAAAAUUUUAAAAACAAAUUACAAGUAAGUAAAAUUAUUUAAUGUAAUUUUCAUUGACAAAAUUAUAGUUUUUUUCCAAAAUAAUAUUCCAUAGAUUAAGGAUAGUACCCGCGAAUUAUUUAAUUUAAAAAAGAUAAGAAUAUGAAUUAAUGAUUAAUAUGGAUUAAAUAUGAAGAAGAAGAGAAUGCAACAGAUACAAUCCUUAGUCUAUGACAAGAAUGCACUACCUACCGUUGACGGGACUCGAUAAGUGUAGAAGUAUUUAUACUUCAUUAAGUUUAUUGUUUUAAUUUAGUCAUGUAAUUAGUUAAUAGUACGGUUAUAAGGUUUUGAACAAAGAAUACUCAUAUAUAUCGAAAACAUACCUACUUUAUCUAAAUUACGCAUCAACUGACUCGAAUAGAGAAUUGUUCUACAUUGUCUAUGCCUCUUUGUCUUUUUUCUUUUAUAUACUGAUUAUAUAUCGCCCUGCCAAUGAUAAAAAAAAUAUAUUCAAUCAUUCUUAAAUAAAGCAGGAUAAUGGUAAUGUGAAAUGAUACAAAUUACUACCAUUAGGAAUGAGCAGGGGACUUAUUUUUGUAAUGGGCAUUAUGUUCGUUGUUUUCGUCACCUCCCUGAAAAAAAAAUUAGAAAUUCGAUCAAAAAUUCUAAUAAGUCCUUUAUUAAUGAUGUAUGUAGAUGGUAAACAGAAAAAAAAUCCUUUGUUAAAUAAUUUGUGCUUUCAAAUAUAUUACUCUACAGGUUUCACCUACCUACGUGACAUAAAUUUGAAGUACGUAAUUCCUGUUACAAUACAAUACUAGUUAAGUAUGCCAAGGAUAGCUUACAAACUCAAUUUCGGGCCAUUCUCCAUCUUAGAUCAAAAUUUAUCAAGUCUAAUAAAUACCUCUAAGAAAUACUUAUAUCUGAGAUAGACACGCAGUUCUUUCUGUAAGUAACUUAAUAUCCAAAAUAUUACAGUAUAAGUCAAUAUUUAUGUCGUAAGUUUAUAUAAUUAUUACAGUAAAUAAAAAAUUAAUGAAUAAGUA